AUGUCUCAAUCCUCUCGGAUGUCGAUAUACUCUUCUUCCAAUGAUACACGUCUAGUUAGACGUGUUUCAAUUGUGGAUAGAAAUUUGAAUAAAACAAGAGGAACUGAGGUGAGUUUGAGCGCAUUUGCAUUCUUAUUUUCAGAAAUGUUACAGUAUGCACAAAAACAUGUACUCGCAAUCCAGGAUCUUGAACGAAAAUUAAAUGAUUUUGGAUAUCGUGUGGGAACUCGUUUAUUGGAGUUGAUUGUAUUCAGAGAAAAAAAUAGUAAAAGAGAAACACGUGUUUUAGGAAUAUUAUAUUUUAUACAUACAACAGUAUGGAAAACACUUUUUGGAAAACAGGCAGAUUCUUUAGAGAAAAAUAUGAUAUCAGAUAAUGAUCCAGUUAUAAAUAAGUAUAUUUCAGUUCCAAAGGAGAUAUCGCAUCUUAAUUGUAAUGCAUUUUUAGCAGGAAUUGUUGAAGCGAUUUUGGAUGGUGCACAAUUUCCAUCUCGAGUAACUGCUCAUUCAGUACCAAUAGAAGGCUUUCCAUUACGCACAACUAUAUUAAUUCAAUUAGAUAAAGAGAAAAUUUUUCUUGGAAUCACAUCUAUUUCUUCCCUUAGAUUAUAG